AUGACCGUUUGGAUGGUAAGGCUGGAGAAGUUGCCGCAGGCGAUCCUAAUUGCAGGCUCAAAAGCCAAUUACUCGGGAAGGAAAGGCAGUCGUUGGAUAGGCGUGAAGUUCGGAGACAACUGCGCAACUCGUGAAGGGCUCCGUGAAGAGCUGGUAGGCAGAGCAGCGCGACACUCUUAUGAAUAUUCAAGGAUCACCUGCUCCACGUCGACAGCAACAGGAAAAGUGCCGAAAAGUGA